AUGGCUCAAUUCUACAACCAGAUUGACGAUGAAUACGGUACCGAGGCAAAACAUUCGCUAAAAAUAUACGCUAACCUAAACCGAAAAAUGGGAAACAUGACGGCUAGAAAGGAUUUUCUAGUCAAGUGUCGCAGAACGGGUUUGUUUCCCCCACACAUCACAGAUGUAUUCCGAUGUGUCUACACGCUGUUUGAAGACAACAGCCCCUACCUGAAUGAGCUCAACAGGAAGGUGAAUCGGUUUAAGAAAGCAAUAUUGAGUUUAGAAAUAAGGCAGACGUUUUAUAAACUGAAGCAGAUUACAGACAACAUGAAACAUACACGCAGUAACAUAAAAAGGUUGAUCCCAGACGGUGGAAGCGAUCCCUUUUUCGCCAAUCAAAUCGCUUUCCAGCAAAAGCACCUACAAAAACGCGCGGCAAACACUGACCGUAAAUAUCGAAAAAUCAUAGAUAGAUCGAUAAAAUCCCUCGAACAGAAAACGCCAUCACAUAACCACCGGGCGUUUUUCAACAGCACCACGGUAGAAGUACCACAACCUGUGCAACUCCUACUGAGUCUGGGAUCCAAGUUCGCUUUACCAUCUACAAAUAACAAACCAUCCACAUUCUACCACCAUUCUAUAGCAGACAUCGAGGGCAUUAUUGAAACAACAGAAGACGAAGAAGUAAAAGUACGCAAUCGCAGUGCAGCAGCCAACCAAAUUAUGAACCACAUCCACGCGCAUAGAAACAAUACAGGAUGUAACCCGUCGGACAACUUCUACAAAACCGCAAUAAUCGCCACAAGACAGUUCUUAAAAUCAUAUCCGAAUAUCAUCGUACUGGAAGCCGAUAAAGGUAACAUAACGGUGAUGAUGAAUCGCGAGGAUUAUGACAGAAAGAUGCUGGCGCUAAUCGAGGACCAAAACACCUAUUCGAGCCUCACACGCGACCCAACAACCGGCUUUCAAACCAAAAACAAUGAGUUUGCUAAACGAUUAGCAGAUUUAAAACUAAUAAACCGAGCCACAGAAUUGAAAUUAAAAACGUAUAAAGCUACGGCGCCUUGCAUUUACGGGACACCCAAGGCACACAAGGAAGGUUUACCUCUAAGACCAGUAGUACCGUGUAUGACGUCACCAUCUUACCAGCUGUCUAAACAUGUGGGCCGGAUACUCCAAGCGUCGAUCAACAGCAAAUACAACGUCAAAGAUUCAUUCGAGUUCUGCGAAUUUAUCAAUGACGUCGUUUUGCCUCCAGAUCACAUCCUUGUUUCGUUCGAUGUUGUUUCCCUGUUCACAUGCAUCCCCAGGGACCUCGUUUUAAGCAACAUCAUCAACAAUUGGGAUGCCAUAAAGAAGAAUACUAACAUUAAUUUAGAUAUGUUUCUUGAAAUUGUAAACUUUUGCAUGACCUGCAGUUAUUUUAGAUACAAAAACAAAUUCUACAAGCAAAUAUACGGAACGGCGAUGGGCAAUCCAGUUUCUAGUCCGAUAGCUGAUUUUGUCAUGGAAUCGCUCUUGGACAACGUGACACGGACACUCGAUUUCCAGAUACCAGUUCUAAGAAAAUAUGUCGACGACCUACUGCUAGCUCUGCCCCGCGAACAUGUUGAAAAGCAUCGUUUGAUGGAGCUGCAAAUUGGCACCAAUUUUAAAUCACCCCUCGGAUUCGGUACACCUUUCGGAAUUGCGAAUAUCUAUCCAUCUAUCCGGGAACGACCUCGUAAAAUAAAACCGACCAACUCAACAAGCCAACGACAACAAUAA